AUUCUAUUUACUGUAUUCUACUGUUGAAGCCUCUGUCUCGCUGUCCAUAGGAGCUUAUUACGAGAACCGGAGAUUAUCACACGAUUUUGUGUGUGUUUCCCCACAUCCCGCAAUUACUCUCAACAUACAACAGUUGGCUUGUUGGAAUUGACUUAACUACCUAUUCUACGGUGUAAGAAAGCCCCUAUUUGAACUACAAUACUCGGGUAAUCACUUAGCAAUCCCACCAUAGGUUUCGGGCUGUGGCGCCGUUCUCAUAUUUCCCAACAUAGCUAUACAAACAGAUGACUAUGCAAACAGAUGACUAGCCUUGCACUGUCCCAAUAUAUCUGCCUUGCGUUGUUUAUGUUCAGCUACUACUAUGGCUAGUUGAAGGCGACUUCCUCAUGAGUUUCUCCUUCAUCACCCCUCUUACAUUAUUCUCCGAUGGCCGAAGCUCUUGCCAUCAUUGGCGUUGUCUCCAGCAUAGUCCAACUCCUCGACUUUGGUACAACAGUCUUGCAUCGUCUCAAAGAGUACCAGGUCAGCCUGGGGGAAGUUCCGAAGUCAUUUCGUCAAAUUAGCAAGGAGCUACCACUGUUACUCCAUACUCUCGAACAGAUCCAAAAAGCGAUAGAUGCUGGUUCUGUUGGGACCGAGACGAAGAAGGCUCUCCUACCCGUUAUUAAGGGCUCCCAGGAACAACUUGAACUACUCCAAAGUAUCCUUGAUAAAACGCUACCAAAAGCGGAUGACUCGUCUCUUGAAAAGGGCAAGAAGGCGAUAUCGAGCUUGAGACAAGACGGAAAAGUCGACCGCAUAUUGAAGAAUCUCCGAGGUUUUAUCAGCUCUCUGACGUUUUACUACUCCGCUGCGUCAUCGACGUUGCAGCCGCUAAAUGAGGCGAAGCUCAUAAAAAUUCGUCAAUGGCUAUCUCCACCAGAUCCAUCCGUGAUCUAUCAUAAAUCGUGUAAACAACGAGAAGAGGACACCGGACUAUGGUUUCUUAAUGGCGAAGAAUAUACCAAAUGGAAAACGGAUGCCGCAUCUAUCAUUUGGCUAUAUGGUAUUGCUGGCUGCGGUAAAACCAUUCUGAGCUCUACUAUCAUCCAGGAUGUGCUCCAGCACUGUGUCGGUGACCCUGGUAAGGUGGUUGCGUACUUCUACUUCGACUUUAACGACCCAAAAAAGCAAUCCCCGGGGCUAAUGGUCCGAUCACUCAUUUGCCAACUUUCACAGAAUUGUGCGAGGAUACCUGCAUGCCUCGACCUACUAUUCUCCUCGUGCGACAAUGGAAACCAAAACCCGUCAUUAGAUUCUCAAUUAGAUGCGCUACAGCAAAUGAUCCAGGAGUACCCACAAUGCUACAUUAUCCUCGAUGCCCUUGACGAGUGUGAAGAUCGAGCUGAGUUGAUGGAUAUCAUCAAUCAAAUAACUGGUUGGCAGCUCGACAACCUCCACGUCUUGGUUACGAGUCGAGAGGAACGAGAAAUUCAGAGCUCGCUAGAGAGUCUUGCACAGGAGCAAAACAUCAUUUGUCUUGAAAGCAGGCUAGUUGACGGUGAUAUACAGAAAUACGUUCGUACGAGGCUACUGAAUGAUGCGGAUCUGAGAAAAUGGCAAAAAUCUUCAGAUGUUCAGCAUGAGAUUAAGACAGCAUUGAUGAAUGGGCCCCGUGGGAUGUUUCGAUGGGCUGCUUGUCAGUUAGAUGCACUGGGAAAGUGUCGCAACCGCUUAGCGUUACGGAACUCUCUCAAGACCCUUCCACCAACGCUUGAUGCGACAUACGAUCGGAUCCUCUGCGCUAUUAACGAGGAGGACUCUGAAUACGCUGUUCGUAUCUUGCGCUGGUUGGCAUUCUCUUCAAGGCCACUUUUGCUAGAAGAGGUGUCUGAAGUCGUCGCUAUUGAUACUAACCGCGAUCCAAUGUUCAACCAGGAUGAGGUGCUUGAGGAUCCAUCAGAUGUGUUGGAUAUAUGUUCCAGCCUCAUUACUAUAACCACAACCACAACUGACAACAUCAACCAAGAUUUUCCCCGAGCUUCGAACUUCGGUUAUGUGCCAAGUGGGAAGGUGGUUGGAUUGGCCCAUUAUUCAGUAAAGGAAUAUCUGGUCUCUGAUCGUAGCCGUCCACACCGAGCAGAAAAGUAUCGCAUACAAGAUGUUAGUUGCAACGCAAUUCUUGCAAUAAGCUGCCUUGGGUAUCUUUUCCAAUUUGAUGAGUGUAAUUUGUUCUCUUGUAAGGACGUCGAAGGCUCGAAGUUGGCUCAGUACGCUGCGGAGUUCUGGGUCACACAUGUGCAAGCAGCAGGAGAAAGAGGGGUGGAUUUAAACAGUAAGAUUAUGAGCUUAUUUUCAAGGAAAAACGUUGCCUAUCUCAAUUCGGUUAAAAUGUUCGAUAUAGAGUGCCCUCGCGCCGGGUCAGACUUUACAAGGGUGAUAGAGGAUGUUCAAACUCCGCUAUACAUAGCAUCAUUAUUUGGCUGGGUCGAUAUUGUCGAGCAGCUGCUUGGUGAAGGCGCCAACAUUCACGCGCGGGGCGGAUCCUACGGCAACGCGCUCCAGGCGGCAUCGUACAAUGGCCAUGAGAAGACUGUAAGGCUGUUACUCACUGCUGGUGCUGACGUUAACGAGCAAGGCGGAUUAUACGGCAAUGCGCUCGAGGCAGCAUCAUGUAGUGGCCAUGAGGAGAUCGUGUGCUUAUUACUCACUGCAGGCGCUGACGUCAAUGCACAAAGUGGACGCGAUGACUAUGGCAACGCACUCCAGGCAGCAUCAUGUGGCGGCCAUGAGAAGAUUGUAGGGCUGCUACUCACUGCUGGUGCUGACGUUAACAAGCAAGCCGGAUCCUACGGCAACGCACUCCAGGCAGCAUCACAUAACGGCCAUGAAAAGACUGUACGGCUGCUACUCACUGCUGGUGCUAACGUUAACGAGCAAGGCGGAUUCUGCGGUAACGCGCUCGAGGCAGCAUCAGAUAGAGGCCACGAGGAGAUCGUACGCUUGCUACUCACUGCAGGCGCUGAGAUCAAUGCACAAAGUGGAGAAUGCGAUAACUGUGGUAGCGCACUCCAGGCAGCAUCAUUUAAUGGCCACAACGAUGUUGUUAAGGUACUUCUAAGCAAGGGUGCUGAUGUUAACGCUCAAUGCGGAGACUAUAGCAGCGCACGCUAUAGUACUGCACUCCAGGCAGCAACAAGUGAAGGCCAUGAUAAUACUGUUAGACUGCUACUCACUGGAGGUGCUGAUGUUAACGCUGAAGGUAGAUACUAUAGUAAUGCGCUCCAGCUAGCAUCAGUUAGAGGCUAUAGCAAGAUCGCUGAGAUGCUGCUAAGUAAGGAUGCUAAUGUUAACGCACAAGGUGGAUACCAUGGCAACGCACUUCAGGCGGCAUCAUCUCAUGGCCAUUUGGAAAUCGUCAAGAUGCUGCUAAGCAAUGGCGCUGACGUCAAUGCGCAAGGCGCUCGAGACGGAUACUUCAAGGCUGACGGUGCUCAAGGCGGACGCUACAAGAACGCACUCCAGGCCGCGUUGGAUAUAGGCCACCACGAGAUUGCUGAGCUUCUGCUAUGCAACGGUGCUAGACAAGAUAUAUAA